AUGAAAGUGUUUAUGGACAUGAAGCCGGGCGGGUCCCUGUGCACGGUGCUCGCUACCAUGUUCCGUUUCAAGUCGGAGCAGCGGUGGCGCAAGUUCGACUUCCAGGUCGGUAAGAACCCGUCACGUAAAGAUUUAAACGUGCAAAUGAUGAUGGAAAUCGAGUCAUCGUUAUUGGGAGCUGAGCUUUUGCGCUCUCCUUGCAUCUUCAUUCGUCCUGAAGUGGACAAGACCACCGCGAACAAAGUAAAGGACAUCAUCGUUAAUCAUCAAGGCGAGAUAUGUGAGGACGAAGAAGACGCAACUCACAUAAUUUACCCGGCGGUGGAUCCGUUAGAGGAGGAGUAUGCUCGUCCAGUGUUCAGGCGCGGCAACAGUGUGCUCGUGCACUGGUACUACUUCCCAGACAGUCACGAUACUUGGGCACAGGCAGAUUUGCCGGUGGAUAUCCCAGAAACAGCCAACUGGGAGUGUAACCGCGUGGAGCCCUGGCGCGUGGCGGCCACGUGGGCGCUCGACCUGCCGCAGUACAACGAGUGGAUGAACGAAGAGGACUACGAGGUCGAUGUCAAUGGAAAGAAAAAGGUGCAUAAAUUGCGUUUGUCUGUGGACGACCUUAUUCCCGGCGGAGAACCCUCCGGUAAAGGCAAGAAGGGCAAAAGGAAGCGAUCCCCUUCGCCGCCGCCGCAGAAACAUGGCAAGAGAAAGGGACGCGUGGCCAAGCGCCGCGACAACGACGGCGACGACGAGGACGACAACGCGUCGCGCGACAACACCGACGUGGCGCCCACGCCCGACAGCGAGCGCUCCACGGACGCGCCGGCGGCGGCCCCCGCGAGCGCAUCGCAGCCGGCCAGCGAGGCGGCGGCGGACGCGCCCGCCACGCCCGCGCCCGCCAUGGACGCGCACGACGACUCGCAGGGCAAGCACAGCGACUCCAACACACAGGAAAUGCUAAUAAAAGAAGAAUUAGAAGACAAUGUGACAGAUCAGACGCAUCACAUCGUGGUGCCGUCGUAUUCCGCCUGGUUUGACUACAACUCUAUACACACAAUAGAAAAGCGCGCCCUACCAGAGUUCUUUAACAACAAGAAUAAAUCUAAGACACCUGAAAUAUAUUUGGCAUACAGGAACUUCAUGCUGGACACGUACCGGCUGAACCCGACGGAGUACCUGACGAGCACGGCGUGCCGCCGCAACCUCGCCGGCGACGUGUGCGCCAUCAUGCGCGUGCACGGCUUCCUCGAGCAGUGGGGGCUCGUCAACUAUCAGGUGGAGGCCGAGUCCCGUCCGACGGCGAUGGGCCCGCCGCCCACGUCGCACUUCCACGUGCUGUCCGACACGCCGUCCGGCCUGCAGCCGCUGCAGGCGCGGCCCACGCAGCCGAGACCAGCGGAAAACGCAGCGGUUCCCAAAGUGGAGGCCGGUCUCCCGAACGGCACGGAGGCGGGCCCGCCCGUGAAGCCCGAGCCCACCGUCAAGUCAGAGCCCUUGCUUGAGCUCGGCACUGCUUCCGGACUUAAGAUGGAUCAAUACCGCGGCGGCGUGCGCGGGCGCGAGUGGACGGAGCAGGAGACGCUGCUGCUGCUGGAGGCGCUGGAGCUGCACCGCGACGACUGGAACCGCGUGGCGGCGCACGUCGGCACGCGCACGCACGACGAGUGCAUCCUGCACUUCCUGCGCCUGCCCAUCGAGGAUCCCUACCUCAAUGAUAACUCUGCCAGCGGCGUCCUGGGCCCGCUGGCGUACCAGCCGAUCCCGUUCAGCAAGGCCGGCAACCCCGUGAUGAGCACCGUCGCCUUCCUCGCCUCCGUCGUGGACCCGCGCAUCGCGUCCAAGGCCACGCGCGCCGCCAUGGACGAGUUCGCGGCUAUCAAGGACGAGGUGCCGGCGGCCAUGAUGGAGGCGCACGUGAAGGCGGCGGGCACGCACGGGCCGUCCGCCGCGCUGGCCGCCACUGGCAUCGCCGGCACCGCGCCGCCCGCGCCCGCGCCGCCCGCGGGCGAAAAGAAAGAAGGCGCGUCCGAAGUGAAAACAGAAGCAAUGGAGGUAGACGGCGAGGGUGAGGCCAAAGUGAAAGAAGAACCAACAGAAGCUCCUCCCGCAGAGGACGUGAAGGAGCCAAAGGACGAUGCGACUCCGCCACCAGAGGCUCCAGACGCGGUGGACGCCAAGCUGCAGUCGGCGGCGGCGGCCGCGCUCGCCGCCGCCGCCGUCAAGGCCAAGCACCUCGCCGGCGUGGAGGAAAGGAAGAUCAAGUCCCUGGUCGCGCUGCUGGUGGAGACGCAGAUGAAGAAGCUGGAGAUCAAGCUGCGGCACUUUGAAGAGCUGGAGGCCACCAUGGAGAGGGAGAGGGAAGGUUUGGAGUAUCAGCGACAACAGUUGAUCCAGGAGCGUCAGCAGUUCCACUUAGAGCAGCUGAAGGCGGCCGAGUUCCGCGCGAGGAACCACGCUAUACAAAGGUUGCAAGCGGAGUCGGGUGCGGCGGCGGCGGCGGCGGGCGCGCCGGCGCCGCCCGAGCCGCCGGCCGAGGCGCCCGCGCACCACGCG